AUGGAAUGUGGGAAGAGGACGAUACGACACCCAUUGAUAAGAGGCGGGAAUUCGUCGGUCAUCGGAGGGUGGCCCUGGCAGGCUGCCAUUUAUGAUGUCAAGAGGAAAGAUCUCAUUUGCGGGGGGGCUCUCAUACGGGAGGAGUGGGUGUUGACUGCCGCUCAUUGUGUCACUGUCCAUGGAACCGCCAACGCCCGGGAGCCAACGGAUUUUCAAGUUUACCUUGGGAAGCAUUUUCGAGAUAAUUCCAAGGACGAUGAAUCGGUGCAGAUCAAAAAGGUUACCGGUUGGGGUUUGAAUGGCUCUGAUUAUCCGUCCGUCCUGACGGAGGUGGAACUCCCGAUCAUUGCUAAUCGCCUUUGUCGUCUAUAUGAUAUUCAGCGCACAGGAAAACUCGAUUUCGCAGGAACGUUCACGGCAAACAUGUUCUGCGCCGGUCAUCACACAAAUACUGCCCUUAAAGAUUACCAGACGGUUUGUCCUGGAGAUUCCGGGAGCCCCAUGAUCCUGCGUUCCUCCGCUUCGGAGGGAAAGAAAUGGACUGUGGUCGGGAUCGUGAGUCACUAUCACGGCGAAGGAGAGCCGUGCUCCGAGAGGACCCCCGGGCAGUUUGGCGUAUUCACUCGAGUCUAUUCGUGA